GAAUGUGUACAGCUAGCCGGCUGGUAGCAUCGGCGAUGUUGUCAUUAUCAGAAUGAUAUCGCAGCGGGACAGAGGAGAACUUGCUCGGUUUUACACUGUUACGGAUCCCAAGAAGCACCAGAAAGGCUAUACUGUGUACAAAGUCACCGCACGGAUCAUCUCCAGAAAAAACCCUGAGGAUGUGCAAGAGAUAACAGUAUGGAAGAGAUACAGCGAUUUCCGGAAACUCCAUCAGAAUCUCUGGCAGCUGCACAAAAAUGUGUGUAGCCAGUCUGAGCUGUUUCCUCCCUUUGCUAAAGCCAAAGUUUUUGGUCGAUUUGAUGAUUCAGUGAUUGAGGAAAGACGACAGUGCUCAGAGGAUCUUCUGCAGUUUUCUGCCAACAUCCCUGCUCUCUACAAUAGUCAACACAUUCAAGAUUUUUUUAAGGGCGGUGACGUUCACGACGGCUCGGAGCUCAUUGGACCAGCCGAGCCGUUUUCAGACUUCCUGGCUGACAGUCUAUCUGAUUGUAGCUCUGAUGUUCAAAGAGACAUCAGUGGUGCAGAAGAUUUGACCAUCACUUCAGAGUAUGGAGGUCCGUCCAGCGACAGCGACCUGACCUCCUUGGCAGUGGACACAGACUCUUUAGCCGAGGUUGACGAUGGCAUGGCCUCAGGCCGCACCUCCCCAAACCAGCCACAGGGGGGAGCCACCAACAUUAGCAGCAGCUGCAGCCCUCGCCUGCCCUCCCUGCAUGACCGGCGCACCCCGUCUCCUGCUCCAGUCCCUGCCUCCUCAGCCCCGAACCCCGAGGUCAGCUGGCCAGGCCGCACGCCGCUCUUCCCCAGCAGCGUGAAGAAGGCCGGCGGUGGAAACCCCAAGGACGCGAAGUCCGACUAUCUAGACAAGGCCAGCGAGCUCAUCUCGUUUGCUGUUCAGAAGGAAAAAGAGCAGGACUAUCAGGCGGCGUUUUCGUACUACCGCAGUGGAGUUGACUUGCUUUUGCAAGGAGUGCAAGGUGAGCCCAGCGCCACGCGCCGAGAGGCAGUGAAGAAGAAGACCGCCGAGUAUCUGAUGCGCGCGGAACUCAUAUCCAGCCAACACCUGAGAAGCAACAUGGGUCAAGGGUCGACACAGACGGUGGCUUUUGGCGCUCAGUGCUGCACUUCCACUAGCAGAGGAGGACAACAGAGUCCGUCUGAGGACCUGAGAGCGUACAGGGUGCUAGGGGUCAUAGAUAAGGUUCUUUUGGUCAUGGACAAGAGAACACAAGAGACAUUCAUCCUCAAAGGUCUGAGAAAAAGCAGUGACUGCGGGCGGACCCGGAGGACCAUCAUGCCUCAUUCUGUCCCGCACAUGGUGCAGCUGAGGAAGUUCAUCGUUUCAGAAGACGCCGUUUUCCUCCUCCUGCACUACGCUGAAGGUGGGAAGCUCUGGUCUCACAUUGGAAAAUAUCUGCGUACUUCCAGCCCGGAUGAGAGCUUCGACAUUCCCUUUAUCCAGAAGAGCCACACAACUGCUGUACAUUCUCCACAACACGCCGCACCGCAAAUGGAUGCAAGUUCAGCCAGCUGCGAAUCGGGGCCUGCUCCCGGUUCAGAUUCUGGCUCGGGGCGGCAAAAGGAAGCAGAGAACGUCUUUACGUCUCCUCAUCGAAGUGCUGUCCCUCCCAGGCUGAUGGAGCGAGCCAGGGCCGGGUCUGUGGACUCGGGAGCCACGUCUGAGGAAGAGUGCACCAACAGCUAUUUGACACUUUGCAAUGAAUACGAACAGGAUAAGGUGGAGCCCGAUGCACUGGAGGAGGGGGAGGGGGAGGAGAAGAGCGAGCAGGAAAUGCUGUCGCUGGAGGUGCCCAACGCGACGACCACCACGUCCUCCCGGAGCCGCUCGCUGAUCAGCCAAGACAGCCUCUCCUCGCCCAUCAGCUCUCAGGAACUCGGCUUCUUCAGCGAGCUGUCGGACAGAAGCUGCCACGCUCCGGAGGACGAGCGGUGCCGCAGCGAGGCGCACGACCACAGCGAGGUGUUCAGUCCCGCGCAGUCGCCCGCCGGGCCGCUGUCGCUGGACCAGUCCAAGCACACCCCCAUGGAGUUUUUCAGAAUCGACAGCAAAGACAGCGCGAGCGAAGUUACCGGCCCGGACUCAGGAGAGCAGAGGCCGUCCAAUAAGCAGGCGUCCCUCUUCUCCACGUCAGACCUGGGCUCAGACUUCACUGAGGAUCUUCCGGAGCUGGCUCAGGAGGUCAAAGGCCACAUCGUGGAGCUCUGGGGCUUGGACUGCAGCGAUAAAGGCUCCAACGAGUCCGUGCCUGUCAUUUCAUUUAAAGAAGCGGCGGUUGAAGACGAGGGCCGUCCGCCAGAUCUCUUGGUCAACCUGCCCGUGGCGAGCGGGCCCGUCGACUCCUUCCAGGAGUCGGACACGUCGGGUGUGUGUCAGGGCCUCGAAGUCACGGCCUCACCUCAGAAGUUGAUCCAGCCCGAUGUUUUACAGCUUCACAGUCAGCCCGAAGGAGCGGAGGAUCAACCACCGGAGGAGGGCGUCUCGUCUCCACCUGCAGCCUCCGCAGCUUGUGACACUGGCGUCGUCUCUGCAUCGCCUUUCAACUCCCUGUGGGACGACUACAGCCUGGCAUUUGGACAGGAGGCCGCCGACAAAACGCUCGAUAACGCCGAAUGCCAAAACCGCCCGCUUGACGCGGGCACGACAGACACCGACUCCGGUCGGGAGGAAGCACAGUCCAGCAGGAAAGUCAACACAGAGCUGGUUCCAGACCCCUGUAGCAGCAGCAGCGCCGGCUCCGUCCCAGGAGCCAACGGGAGCGAGGCCUGUGCGGCGGCUGAGGCUUUAUUAGGUGUUGAUGGUGGAUCAUCAAGACCUAUUAGUAAUACAGGUGGCAGUGAAUUUGAUAAAGAAGUAUCGCGGCUGUUUGCAGAGCUGGACGAGCUGUCGCUGGCUGCGUCCCAAGCUCGCAUCCCCGAGGAAUUUGUACGAUGCUGGGCAGUGGAGAUGGUGACAGCCCUGGACUCUCUGCACCAAGAAGGAAUCGUCUGCCGGGACCUGAAUCCCAACAACAUCCUGCUUGAUCACCAAGGUCACGUCCAGCUCACCUACUUCUGCAGCUGGUCUGAAGUGGAGGAACCCUGCAACAAAGAGGCCAUCGCCAACAUGUACUGCGCUCCAGAGGUGGGAGGCAUCGCCGAGGAGACGGCAUCGUGCGAUUGGUGGAGUUUAGGCGCCAUCCUGUUCGAGCUCCUGACGGGCAUGUCUCUGCUGCGGUGCCAUCCUGCGGGAAUCGGUCGACACACGGCUCUCAACAUCCCAGAGUACGUCUCAGAGGAGGCCCGGUCUCUGCUGGAGCAGCUGCUCCAGUACAACCCGACGGAGAGGCUGGGGGCGGGGGUGGGAGGCGUGGACGACAUCAGAUCUCACCCCUUCUUUGCCCGGGUGGACUGGCCCAAGAAUGAGUAGACGCAGAGUCGUCCCACGCAUCCGGGAAACCGUCUGUCCGGAUCAAACCAAUAGAUACACAGUUCCAAUACACACUGAUUAUGCAUUUCUGCACAGACCUUCAUGUUGUACGUUCAGCCAUUCACACUCGGUAUACGUGUCUUUUUUUGCUUUUUUAACAGCAUUUGCCAAGAAGCAGCUUUUCCUUUUUGUAUGUGCAGUGCAGGUUUUUUAACACACUGGCUUUGUAAUGUUGGUGCAGGGAGGAGCUAACACACCUGUGUGGUGCAAUAAUUCAUUCAGUAAGUGUUGAGCGUUGAUCCGAUAUCACUUUUUUUUUUUUUUGCUUCCGCACUCCUCAUAUUGUAGCUGUAAGCCAAAAUGAUCAAGAACGAUCAAGACGUCGCCCCCGUGUGUCGUUACUGCAUCGAAACUUAACGGACCCGAGUCGCCUCGCCUGGAAAUUCCCGUGCAAUACGUUCAGUUUGUUCUCAUCAUUCCUGGCUGAGAUUUGCAGAAACACGCCAUCAUUCGCUCCACUUGUUGAGUUGUGACGAGCCGACGCAGACAGACACUAUGCAAGGUGAACGAACAAAACGUGCAGUCUUUGAACUUAGAGUUUAGUAGAUUCGAGGUUAAGUUAUUUAAUAAAUCGUAUCUUGAUAAACAGUUUCUCGUUUUAGAAAGGAAAAAAGAAAAAAAAAGAUGGACAAGGCACUAUAUGUUGAAACCAGCCCUUUUGCUGAUUGUUUUUAAGUAUACUGGAGGAAGUUUUCUGUACUGUAAAACACUGCAUUUUGUGCAUGUAAUAUUAUGAUUCAUGUAAUAUAUUUAUUACUUGGAGAAAAAAAAAAACUAUCAGACAAUAAAUGUUGUGUAAAUAGAUCUUUUUAAGGAUGUUGUGUUGAGGAAAA